AUGGUCGGUGGCAAGGGUCUGCUGAAUUUCAAGUCUGGUUAUUCGAUGUAUCCAGAGGCAGCUGAAACUGUUUGCUCCUGCGAGCUGUCCUUGGAGGAUGUGCCUGAUCCCUUCUUGGUCACCAUGCACAUCAUCACCAAUCCAGGAAACUCAGCAGCUCUGCAGACAGCAGUCGACGGCCUCAUAACAUGGAUUAAUCCCAACCUGCGGCUCUUCAUUGCCUCCGAGCGCGGCUCCUCACAGCCGUUGAGAAUGGGCAGUGGUGGCAAUACUGCCCAUCUGGCGCUGGCUGUGAUCAUCUUCGUCCAUGAAGAGUGUGGGCAACAGAUUUCACAGCUCCACGAGCACUUCCUCCAUCCUCCAUGGCAAUACCACCACACCGAGUGUGUCAAGGGCAGGAUUCUCCCUUACAUGCCCAGGAACCAGGACUUCUUCACUCUGGCCAAUCACACGGCUCUCUGGGCUGUCAGGCAGGUGCACUAUGGGAAAGAAAUCAUCCGCUUCACCAUUUACUGCAGCUUUGACAACUUUGUCGACAUGGUGAGGAUGUACCAGCUGAUCCUGAGAAGAGAGUCAUCGAAAAGGAAGCCAGACUUUGUGUUCUUCACUGUCUAUUCCAACAUGGAGGUAGAUAUUCAGCUGUCACUGAAGAGGCUCCCAAAGGGUCAGUGCCCCACUCCCACCGAAUCAGCCCUGCUCGAGUUCAGAGUUCACAACAUUGGACACCUCAUCCCACUCCUGCCCAAUCCCUGCAGCCCAAUCAGUGGUGUAAGGUGGCAAACGGAAGACUAUGAUGGCAACAAGCUCCUGUUGCAGGUACGAAGUUUGUCCAGAAGCUCGGGGAAGAGAAGUGUAAUUCCUCAAUGCACCCUAGCAAGACGCAGCUCUUCAAUUCCUUCCCGCAGCUUGCUCCCCCAGUGUCUUGGCUGUGCACCAGACAGAUACCGUCGGCACCGACAGAUUAACCACAAACUACACCACACAAGUGGCUUCAGCCAAUUCCGAGGGAGCUCCCAAGAAGACAUCUGGAUUGGUUGUCAAGAAGAUUCUAGCAGGACAGCCAGCAGUGCCUCUGGGAUUUCCCGGGUUGCUCAGCGCAGUAAGUCCUUGUUCUGUCUGCCAACCUUCAGUGGCUCAGCUUCUGCUUCAUCAUCUUCAUCGCCGCUAGGUGACCUGGCCAUUUCAUCGUGUGACAAAGGACGACAAUUCAAAGUCCCUGCACUUGACGUCACCUCUGGAAUCACACCCAAUGGCCUAGAAGAUACUGCAGAGACCGAUGUUGACACUGGCUUGACCACGUCCUGUUCUGACCUGUCUAUCCAGUCCGCUCACUCGGCACUGAAUGGCCUUAGCAAAGAUUUAGAUGCCGCUCUUCCUUCAUUGGGGAAAUACAACGCCAGACCAAAGGCAGGUCUCUUCAGACCUUUAUCAUCAAUGGAGUAUUCACUUCCUUCCUCCUCCAAGCUUUCAUCCAGGUCAAUUCCUCAGUUCCCAGAAUUCUCUUCCUGCUGUCUGACCUCACGCACACCAUCUCCCCGUGUGUUCCCUGCGACAUCUUGGCUCUGGUCCAGAACAAAACAGUCCUCGUUUUUGAAGACAAGCCAUGCAACCAGAAAUGAGGACUUCCCUGAAGGCCAACAGCCCACUCCUAUUCAAGAGGGAGAGCAGGAAUUUUACAUCUGA